AUGAGAUUCCAGCCCUGCAGAGAGGACAACAUUCAUCGGUUACUUUAUACUCCAGGGAAACUAGACGCAGAGGUGGAGUCGCUGAGGAGGAUCCGGAACUCUCUCGGAGUCCUGGACUGGCUGGAGGAGGAGGGAUCAGCAGAGACCAGGUGGGACCUGUCUGAGCUGCUGAACCUGCAGGAGGAGGAGGGACCAGCAGAGACCGAGGGGGACCUGUCUGAGCUGCUGGACCUGCAGCAGAGAGUGAAGACAAAGAUCAGUCAGAGCGAGACGAUCCUGGACCUGAGCCGCAGCUUUCACCUCACAGCCUCACAGCUGGAGGCACUGCUCCAGUCAGAAGCUGCUGGGUCCAGAGACCAGCAGCAGAUCCAGAAUAUGCUUCAAACCGCUUCAACACUGAAGACAGAGAUCGUCACCAUCAGCGGCGGGACAUGUUUCAGCGUGGAGCAGCUGGAAGUUCGACUCCUGUCCCUCGAUUCUCGGUGCGUCUCGCGGCGCGACGCAGCGCAGCGUCACAAGGAGAAGCUCCGGCUGACCCGUCUCCUCAGUGAUGACAUCACCCAGCUUCGUGACUCCUUUAAGGAGCUGAAAAAGCGCUUCAACAACCUGAGGUUUAACUUCCUGAAGAGAAACGACCGGAGGGGGAACACUAAGGCCAUCAGGAACCACCUGCAGCAGGUGGAGCUCAACGAGGAGAAGCUGCAGGCGCUGAGGAAACGUGUGCAGGGGGUGGCGGCCCGCCUGGGGUCAGAGGUCAGAGACGGGGGCGUGGCCAGGGAGGCGGAGGACGCCGUCAACCAGCUGCAGAGGCAGAUGGGAGAGUUUGAAAGAAGUGUCGGCGAACACCAGAAAACUCUGGAGAUGACCUGCAGACUGCAGCUGGCCAUGGAGGAGUAUCAGUGGUGGUGCGAGGACGCCAGCGCGACCAUCGCUCGCGUCGGGAGGUUUUCGUCCGAGUGCCGCAGCACGGACGCCGUCUCCGUCCUGCAGCGCCAGUUUGAGACGUUCGUCUGGCCGACGGUGCCGCAGCAGGAGGAGAGGAUCGGCCAGAUCAGAGAGCUCGCCACGCGCCUGCACGGGGCGGAGGAGGGGCGGCGGUACGUCGAGAAGACCGUCAGUAAACACUCGGCGAUGGUGGCGUCCAUCAGAGAGCUGAGCAACGACCUGAUGGAGCUGCAGGCCAAACUGAAGCGCAGCGCAAAGUCGGACACAAAUGUCUUUGCUAUUUUAUGA